AAUUGUGCUGCCAGCUGUAAAGUUACGAUUUGUCAAUAUCGGCAAUGAUACUGGUAAUGCAUUUGCAAAGCAAUAUAUAUUCAAAAAAUAUCAAUGCAGUUCAUUUAUUUGCUAUGAAUUCUCGCCACAUCAUUACGCUGUUAAGUAACAUGCUGCGAAUUACAAAUACCUGAAAAGUCCGAGAAACGUUCUUCGUAGUUGUAGAAAACAUUGUGCGGGCUGGCAGCGCAGUAUAGGACCUCAAAGAAUGGAUCUACGCUAUUUUUCUAUACUGUUCCUAAAAUAUAUCCAUUCACAAUGCCAGCAUUAUUUAACCAAGUAACCGCACUCUCGUCUUGACCUACCGAAACUGAACGCUGGGUAAUGAUUGUCAUUUGCGUCCGUGGUCCAAAGUGCAAAAGGCAAAGCGCGAUCCGUUUAAUCCUAAUUUUCUCUCUUGCUUCAGUGCUCGUCAGUACAACAAGACACUGCGGGAAUUCUGAAAUACUAAUUCCCCGCCGUUCCCACUUUGGGGGAAUGCAUGAGGUUACGUAAACCCCAAACCACAAGAAAAUAAAAAUAAAGCUAACCCGACUAGUCCGUCCGUGUAGAAACUACCUUUCUUAGAAAGUCCAGUAAGCUUUAUUCAUCUCUGAACACGCGAUACAUAUAGGUUAAACUCGUUCAUAAUGCCGGGGGCUCCACUUGCUUAUUUGACCCGCAAAGAGAUAUUUAGUGCUUGCCACCGAUUACACAGUGACCAGUUGUCUGAGGAAGAAAACAAAGCCGUAUAUGGAAAGUGUAAUAAUUUCCAUGGUCAUGGCCAUAAUUACGUUGUUGAAGUAACUGUCCGAGGCCCAGUUUCUUCUGAUACAGGGAUGGUCAUGAAUAUUGCAGCUCUCAAACAAUUCAUGAACAAAGCUAUCAUGGAAACUAUGGAUCACAAGAACUUGGAUAAGGAUGUAUUAUAUUUUAAAGAUGUUGUAAGCACAACUGAGAAUGUGGCCAUUUUUAUAUGGAAUAAUCUCUUCCAGAUGUUACCAAACCCAUCAAUUUUAUAUGAAGUUAAAAUUCAUGAAACAGAAAAAAAUAUUGUCAUUUAUCGUGGCGAGACUUGUUCAUAAUAACCAUGGAAAACUGAAUGUAAAACAUUCCAUAAGCCUGCUUGUAUACUGCAAACAGUAACUGUUACUAACAUAAAAUAUGUUGGUGGUUGAAUGAUUUAUUUAGAUAAAUACAUGAACUCUUUUGUACUUACUAAUGCACAAUACAAUUUAAUUUCAAACAA